UCUUCUGUUCACUGCAAUGCGACUUGUUACCACGCGGAGCGCCAGCAUCGCUGGAGCGUUCUGUCAUCUUUUGUGUUUAUAAACAUGGCUGCUAAAUACAAUUGGUGUGUGGCGUCUACCACAAAAUUAAUAGAGAUGUAUGAAGCGGAUGAGGCACUUUAUAAUGUGAGGCACCCUGAUUACAAAAAUAGAUUGAGAAGAUUGGAGAGCUAUAAAAAUAUAGCGGAGGUCAUUAGCCGUGACAUACGGCCUGGCUGUACGGUAGAAGACAUUAAGAGGAAGAUCAAUGGCCUCCGUACUAGCUACGCGUGCGAGAAAGCAAAAAUGCAUAAAAGCAAAAGUGGAGCCAGUGCGCAGGCGGCGUACACACCACAAGUGUACUGGUUCCAGAUGCUUAAAUUCCUCGACCAGUCUACUGAGGCCGACGAUAGUUUGUGCAACCUGGAGAGCCCUGAAAGUGAAACGGGAAGUGAACGUGCCACUCCGACAUAUGAGGAGAUGAGUGCGCAUGCGGUACAAGAGCCUGUCGCAUGUAGCGAGGCUCAGCCACAGCCCCUGCGUCAAGAGCGGCCUCCCACGAAAAGGAGGAGAGCCACGCCUGACGUGGCCACAAAUGUAAUGGUGGAGGCCACCAAGACACUUCAGGCUGUGGCUGAUGCUGCCAGAUCCAUGCCUGUCCAAGAAGACCGCUACGGCACCCUUGGCGCCCACAUCGCAGCAGAACUGCGUGAAAUGGAGAAGGUGGGCGGCAGGGAAUACACCACUGUCACUGCGCACAGUCUGCAGCGGACAUUAAUGGACAGGUGGGAUUUGCUGCAUGCGACAGCCCGGGCACAACAAGCACAACCGUCCACCUCAGGUUAUAUCCAGGCUGCCUUGCAGCAGGCUGGAAUAGAGGAUGAAGACUCGAUGUUAUAAAUAUAAAUAUAUAUGUGUGUAUUAUUUUUGUAUCUCUCCAAUCUUCUUAAUCUAUUUUUAUAAUCAGGGUGCCUCACAUUGUAAAGUGUCUCAUCCGCUUCAUACAUCUCUAUUAAUUUUGUGGUAUCACACAUCAAUUGUAUUUUGCCAUGUAAAUAAAGUUACAUAAAUAAAGUAAUAACAAUUUAUCUUCAUGAACAUAAAGUGUAUCGAACAUUUAUUUACCUUCAGACAAUGGUCCUUUAGUGCUUUAUAAAUUGCUUCACAAGUUUCAGGUAUUAUUUUACUUAAUGUGCAUUGUGGAAUUCGAGUGCUGUACUGUAAGCUAGAGUAACUUUCUCCUGUAGCAAGGAAUCGUAGUGUUACAGUGAGCCUGUCUUCUGCAGAUAUAGCAGUUCUUAGGUGCGUAUUGUGUUUUGAGAUAUGAGGAAUCACUUCACUGAGAACAUACUGAAAUGUAUGCUCAUCCAU